AUGGUCCCCCUCACUCCGCUUCCUCACCACCUUCUCCUUCUAUUUAUUCAUCUCGCCACAUUCCCUCUUGUGCUCAUUGAAUUGGUGGUAUUGGUCAAUAGACCUGUCGCGGCGAUGUUUCAGCGCUUCCGCGACGCCAUCGACUCUCGGAUUGCAGAGGAACAGGCCCGCCAGAAAACGGCACAGGACAAUCUCUCUCGAUCCAAGUCCGCCCGUCGUCCGGCAUCAAGUAUCAACUCCUCUGGCCAAAGGCGCCCCAGACGAAACAGCGGCACCCCCGUCCGUGGUCCCGACCCCAACGAAUUCGAAGCUGAGUUUGCGAUCGGAGAUGAUGAUGAAUCCAGUCACUCGGGGACACCUCGUCCGGAAACCGCCGACUCUGUUUCCGAAAUGAAGCCUCCGGCCGAAGGCGAGAGAUCAGAGAAACUAGAAAGCACAGCGACGACAGACUCAGCGGAGACAAAGACUGCCUCAAUAGCGGCCACGGAGUCCAGUGACCAGAAACCUGCUGAGUUACCGGCAGACGUCAAGGCCAAAUUGCGCAGGCUCGAUAAACUUGAAUCGCGGCGUAUCGUGUUGCGCAUUCGCGCGUCCUUUCCAUUGAACCGUUCGAAGCCGCCCUCCGCGAAAAUCCCCCUCACCUCGAUCGGCGAGCCGAAGGCGCUUACCGAGUAUCUCAACCAGAUGUCGCUCAAGACCGAUAUGGUGGUAGAGGAGCUAAAACGUGUCACUACUGACCGUGACGGAUGCAAGAAGAGCAUGGAAGAGGCGCAGAAGUCCGCCAAGGAUGCAUGGGACGAGGUUGCUGGGCUUAAAAAGCAAGUUUCUACGAAGGAAGAAACCCAGUCAAAUUCACCAGAGGAGAAGGAGACCAGCGAAGAAUUCUUCUCUUUCGAUAACGAAGUUCCUCGCUUGGAGGGAGAAUUGAAGGAAAAGCAAGAGGAAGUGGAGACUCUCAAGACCGAAGUCGAGAAGCUCAAGAAGGACAUGGCCGUCACGCGGGAGUCUACGGAGGGUAUGGUGCGGAACCUGGAGAGCUCUACUCGGGAGCUUGUUGAGCUGCGCGAAACCAGGGAUAAGCUGGACGCGGAGCUCAAGACCCUCAAGGCUUCCAACAGUGAGGUCGAUGAGCUGAAGACGAAGCUAGCCGCAGCGGAGUCUUCGCUUGGAGAGAUCACUGCUGAGGCCGAGAAGCUCAAGAAAGAACUCAAGGAGAAGAGUGAGGAGAUUCAGAAGCUCCAGGCCCAGGCUACUGAAGCUGAGAAGACAAGCAAGGCCGAACCGAGCCCUGAAUUGAUCUCCGAAUUGGAAGAUGCUAAGAAGGGCAAGGAUUAUAGCGAAAAGAAACUCGUUGUUGUUCAGGGUCUUGUGGACAGUCUUCGUUCUCAGCUGCAGAACGCCGAAUCUACUAUUUCCGAACUGAAGGCAGAGGUCAACCAAAAGUCAGAGAGCUCCACCAAGCUUCAGAGCAUCGUCGAUUUUGUGGACGAAAACUUGAAGGAUAGCGCUGCUUGGCAGUCUGCCAAGGAGAACGUUGCUUCCGGAAAGACGGCCGACUUCGAGGAGAUUCGCCGGAGUCUUGCACCUGCAGAGAAGGCCGCGGAACCGUUUUCAACAACUGUCGAAGAAGAAGCCCAGCCCGCUAUUGUGAACGCGGCUGCAGGGGGUGGCGGUGGAAAGAAGAAGAACAAGAAAAAGAAGAAGGGAGGCAACGCAACUGCAGAGAGCCCCAAGCCUACGGAGCCUACUCCUACCCCCAAGGAAGAGCCAGCUGCGUCAGAGCCUGCGGCAUCUUCUGCGGAAUUGGAAGAGCUCAAGGGGAAGAUCGAAACCCUCACCCAACAACUAUCUGAAAAGGAGGCAGCCAUCGACCGCCUAAGCGAUAAGCUGAAGGGUGAAGAAGAUUUGAAGGAGGAGAUCGACUCGCUACGUGAUGAUCUGAUUACCGUUGGACAAGAGCACGUCACAGCUAAAGACAAGAUCAAGGAACUCACAGCUCAGAAGUCUGCCUUGGAGGAGACAAUCGGCAAACUGGAGAAAGAGCUGGUCGAAGUGCGUGCCAGCCACACAACAAACACCGCCGACUCGGAGAAGGUGUUCAAUGAGUUGAAAGAUGAGUUUGAGCGUGUCAAGGUCCAGGCCGCUACUCUGGAAACGGACCUGUCUGCUGCUCAGCAACUUGCAGCCACUCGAUUCAAGGAUCUUACCGACCUGCGUGAGACCCUCCAAAAAAUUCAGCCUGAGUUGCGAACCCUGCGCACCGAGUCGUCCGAGCUGAAGACCAUCAAGGAGACCCUUAGUGGAAAGAACUCUGAGUUGCAAACGCUCGAAGCCAAGCAUGAAGACCUACGACAGGAGUUGAAGAAUGCCAAAAGCCGGGUUUCGGAGCGCGACUCCGAACUCAACACCUUGAACAGGAAGAUCCGCCAAGAGACAGACAGUCGUCUUAGGGCUGAGGAGAGCCUCAGCGUUGUGCAAUCGGAAUUGCGCACCGCCGAGUCCAAGAAGCAAGAGGCCAUCAAUGCCAAGGAAAGAAUUGCAACAGACCUGACCAAAGCACAGGAAGGACUCAAGAGUACCCGGUCCAAGAUGCGUGAGAUGGAUGAGCAGAUGUCUCAGCUGACUAAGGAAAUGGAGAGCCUCCGUGAAGACGCGAGGUUGAAGACCGCCCAGGCUGCCAGUGCCCAGAGCCUGAUGAACAACAUGCGUGACCAGACCUCCGAAGUCGCCAUGCAGAUGAAGGAGGCCCGCGAGAAAUGCGAGAGUCUGGAGGAGGAGCUGUCCGAUGCUCAUCGUCUUCUGAGCGAACGUACGCGCGAGGCUCAGACCAUGCGUGGUCUUCUCAAUGAUAUCGAGAGCCGCGCCGAGGCCAAGGUACGAGACUUCAAGGAACGCAUGGAGGCAGCUAUUGAGGAACGGGACCGCGUCGAAGAUGAGGCUAAUACCCAAGGCCGUCGCCGAGCACGGGAGCUGGAGGAAUUGAAAGCCAAGGUCCGCGAAGCCGAACGGACACUGCGCACCGUUGAACAAGACAAGGAAGAGCUUGAGGAUUCCCAGAAAGACUGGCGGCGCCGUCGUGAUGAAUUGGAGGAGCUUGCUGAAAAGUCAACCCAGGAAGUCACCGAGAUCCGAGAAGCCAUGGCCGGCCUGCGCGAGCAACUCGAUGAGAGCGAGAAGCAAGUGCGGGACCUGGAGAAAGAGAAAGCCGAGCUUCGGCGCUCAGUCGAGGAGACCAACAACCGACUGGAAAAGCUGCGACGAUCGCACAAGACCCUCGGGGAAGACGUUCGUCUUCGCGGACUGGAGUCCGGGCGCGCGUCAUCACGCUCGUCCAUUGAUUCCGGAUCUCGACGUGGUCUUGCCUCUCCAGUCGCCCAGGACCGCAGCACAUCCAGUCGCCGAAGCGAGACUCCUUCUGGUGGAGGUGGAAGUGGAGCCAGUGGCGGAUCGAUCGACUACAUGUACUUGAAGAACGUCCUGCUUCAGUUCAUGGAGCAGAGGGACAAGAACUAUCAGAAGCAGCUCAUUCCCGUAUUGGGUAUGCUGCUUCAUUUCGACCGAACGGACGAGCAAAAGUGGAUGUCGGCCAUCAUGUCCAAGUGA